AUGACGAUUAUGAUGAUGUUGCCUCGCUUUCGAAGAGCACCACCUGGGAAGCUUACAGUAAAAAGUGUUGCUUGGUUGCUGCUCACUUUCGCCGUUGCCUCUGCAUCCCGGCCUCCCUCUUAUUAUCAGAACCCCAUUCUACCACCCCAUAUCCCUCAAGGACAAGGCCAUGAGGAACAUGAAUUUACUCUCCGACACAUUCAUCAGCGGGGGACAUACGAAGAUCCGGAUCUCCAUCUGAGACUCGAUGUCACGCCCGAAACCCGUUUACAAGUGCUUUCCGCGGAUACGGGCCUACCGGAACCCAUUGAAAACUACCCAGAGACUCUGACUGCAAACUCCAGACCUAUGGUUAUACAUAGGCUGGCGGACCGUCGUCCGUCUGUCAUCGAAAGCUAUCGGGUCCACGCCAGAUCCUCGGGCGCCGCUAUCACCCUGUCGGAUGACGCCUGGGUUAUGGACGAAACUGCUGGACCCGAUUUCACUAGCAAGGAAACUGUUCUCAAUUUUGCCAAGAUGACUGCAAAUGACUACAUCCAGGAGCCAGGAACCAGUGACUGGAACCAGAUCAGUGGACGCUUUAACUGGUCGGCCAGUUUUGGAUGGCUGGGAGACGGACUAAGGGGUCAUAUCUAUGCAGAUCGGACUAACAGCACUAUUAUUAUCUCCUUGAAAGGCACCUCUCUUGCCUUGUUUGGUGGAGCGGAAACGACAACAAAUGAUAAAUUGAAUGAUAAUCUAUACUUUAGUUGCUGUUGUGGCCAGGGUGGCUCAUAUCUUUGGCGGCAAGUAUGUGACUGCUCAACAUCGGUCUAUACAGCCAACGAGACCUGUAUAACCGAGGCACUUUACGAUAAAGAUCGGUAUUAUGAGUCGGCUAUCGAUUUAUAUACCAACGUCACCUACCUCUACCCAAAUGCAAAUGUAUGGCUGACCGGCCAUUCUCUUGGUGGGGCAAUGGGUUCACUUCUUGGCCUGACAUUUGGCCUUCCGACAUUUGCCUUUGAAGCUAUACCUGAUGCAUUUCCCGCAGUAAGAUUGGGAUUGCCCACACCUCCUCCUCCUCCUACUACUACUACUACUAUGCUACCUCAGUCACGACGAAAUACUGGCAUCUAUCACUUUGGUCAUACUGCAGACCCCAUCUACAUGGGAACCUGUAAUGGUGUUAGUUCUACCUGCACUUGGUGGGGGUACGCUUUUGAAUCUGCGUGUCAUGUUGGCGAAAUGUGUGUCUACGAUACAGUCGGUGAUAAGGGUUGGAGAGUGAGCAUUGCCGCUCAUCGAAUCAACACUGUUAUCUCUGAUGUUUUGGAGGCGUAUGACGAGGUGGCUUCAUGUGCACCUGAAGAGGAGUGCUAUGAUUGCCAAUUGUGGAAAUUUUUUAAGAGUAAUGGGUCCGAGGCGAGUCCUACUACUACUACUACUACUACUACUACUACUACUACUACUACUACUACUACUAGCACAAUCGCCACGUCAACGUCAACAUCAACAUUAGCUACUACAAGAACUGCGACGUGCGAAACACCAGGCUGGUGGGGCUGCUUGGACAAAACAACCACGGCUGGUACUACUCCCUUUACGAGUGUAACAACAACAACAACAACAACAACAUCCCCAUCUACCUGCAAGACUCCAGGAUGGUUCGGAUGCAAAGACCCUACUACUACAAGUACAACCACCACCACCGCCACCGUAACAUCAUCUUCAAGUCAGCAAAGCGUAAAGGGGUUCAAGCGUUUUUCUAUUUCGACAUCACUAUUAUAA